UUGAAACGCAACGAUAUCCAGAAAAUCCAGCCAGCUCGAGUCAGUCAGUCAGUCUUCUGGAACGGCAGCUCCUCUCCGACAAAAACACUCGUGAAGGACAACCGCCCGUCGCUUACAUAAACAGGUCCAGCAGUGAGUCUCGUGUUCUGCUGUGAAUCCACGGAGGACAGUUUUGGAGUCAAGCGUCCUCUCGGUCCAGUGGUAUUAAGAAAGACCAGAAGCAACAGGAAGCAAGCUGGACGGGGGGGAGGUGAGGGAGGACAAGGCCGCCGCCUUUGUCUUGAGACACAGAGUCUGCACCAGCAGCGAUACCGACCCCACCCACACAUCGACCUCAGAUGACCAGGACACCAUGAGUACUAGUGCAGAUCACAGACCACACGACCCCGCACAGAACAGGUGUCUCGUUGCGAGGAGGGUGGUACAUGAAAAGGAGGAAACGACAGAAAGAGAGGAUGAUAAGGGAGAGGAGAAGAGCUCUGAUGAAGGCCUUCUGCUACAGGCACACCACGCCAUGGAGAGGAUGGAGGAGUUUGUGCACAAGAUGUGGGAGGGCAGAUGGCGUGUCAUUCCUCAUGACGUCCUCCCCGAUUGGCUAAAGGAUAAUGACUACCUGUUGCAUGGGCACCGGCCACCCAUGCCCUCCUUCAGAGCCUGCUUCAAGAGCAUCUUCAGAAUCCACACGGAAACGGGCAACAUUUGGACACAUCUUCUGGGCUGCCUGUUCUUUCUCUGUCUGGGCAUCGUGUACAUGUUCAGACCCAAUAUGUCGUUUGUGGCACCAUUCCAAGAGAAGAUCGUCAUCGGCAUGUUCUUCCUGGGGGCCAUUCUCUGCCUCUCCUUCUCCUGGCUCUUUCACACAGUCUACUGCCACUCAGAGGGGGUGUCCCGUGUCUUCUCAAAGCUAGACUAUUCGGGCAUCGCGUUCCUGAUCAUGGGCAGUUUUGUACCGUGGCUGUAUUACUCCUUCUACUGCUCCCCUCAGCCCUGUUUCAUAUACCUGAUAGUGGUGUGUAUCCUGGGGAUCGCUGCCAUCACAGUCUCACAGUGUGAUUUCUUCGCCACGCCACAGUACCGCGGAGUCAGGGCCGGUGUGUUUGUGGGUCUGGGUCUCAGUGGAGUCGUUCCCACGCUGCACUUUAUGAUCACAGAGGGCUUCCUGAGGGCCACCACCAUGGGUCAAAUGGGCUGGCUGUUCCUCAUGGCCGUCCUGUACAUCACCGGAGCCUGCCUGUACGCCGCGCGCAUACCCGAGAGAUUCUUCCCCGGCAAGUGUGACAUCUGGUUCCACUCCCAUCAGCUGUUCCAUAUCCUGGUGGUGGCAGGUGCGUUUGUGCACUUCCACGGUGUGUCCAACCUGCAGGAGUUUCGCUACACAGCUGGCGGAGGCUGUGCGGAAGAGGGUGGGGUGUGAGCCUUGUGUCCUGCGGUGCUUGAAACGCACCACUAGAGGGAGAGAACGUUCCUCUUACCUUUGCCGCCAAUAACAGCUCUGUUCCUCCUGCCCAUGAGGGGUAAACCAAGAGGACAGCACUGAAUGACGAAGUUACCCACCUUUAUUAUUAUUAUUAUUAUUUUUCUCUUUCCGUUUUUGUUUCUCUAUUUUGCCCCUUAAAUAAAAUGAGUCAUGGGAUAAGGUGGACAGGUUGAGGAUGGUGAUUCCUAUGAUCAUACAUUUAGGAAGAGGAGACUUUUUGGCUUGGUCUAUUGCUGUUUUUUCUUUGUACAAGAAAAAAAGUUGAACAGACAAAACUCAACAAAACAAAAAAAAGUGUGAACGUUUCUUGGGGUGGGCCGUCAGCCAUUUUAAACUUUUUCAUGUAAAUAAGAUUUCUAAAAUUUGGGUUAUAUAGAUUUGUACGAAAAUAAAGUUAUAAAAUGUUUUUAAAAAAAUACAUCAUUAUAUCAUUAUAUUGUUUAACGGAGGGAAAAGAGAGAACGUGUUAUUCCAGGGAAAGAGACCAGAUCAGUAAAAAGCCACAGUUUAAGUGGACAGAUGAGAAGCGGCCUUCCAAAUGCCUCAGUGUGCUGUUAUCCAAGACCGGCUGGUAAAAGCUAUAAUAAAAAAACCGCACCUGUAGGACAGUAGAACACCUUGUACCCGAUGGAGCCGCCAGGAUUCAGUGCUCACGUACUCCACAGGCCUUCAUACCUUUGUCAGUGCUGUUUCCUUCAACACACAGAAGGCCGCUUUCCCAAACUCCAUUGUUUCCAUCUUUAGUUACUUUCUCUCUUUCUCUCUCUGUUCUGUUUAUUCAUCUUUGUGGAUGUUGAUUCAACCUGGUUUGAAAAAAAAAAUAAUAGAUGAGACUUGCUGUUGUGAAGUACACAAAAUCAUACUCGAGCAGUGCAAGGAUGCGUUUGUUGUGUAACAUUCUGUUUCAUCAUCUGUAUAUGAUAUAAUUUAUUAAAGAGUUUUCAUGGAAACAUUACGAGCUGUAAUAUUCCACAUUAAACAAGGGCAAUGUUUGUUUUCUCAGAGAUUUUUACAUUGAUAUUUAUUUUAAUUUUAAAAUAAAUUAAAAAAAAUUAAAACACUCAUAA